AUGACUACCAACUCCCUGACUAAUAUAGAGUCAGAUACCCACAGCAGAAGUCAAGCUAGUAGCAAUAGCCACUGGCCAAGACGCUGGAGUUCUCACUCAAGUAUUCAAGGCCUCACACCGCCAGUCAGGGCUAAAGUCGAUGUCCCCCCUUCAAUUACCCACAGCCCCACAGUCAGUAUCAAAAGCGUUGAAUCAGUCAUCUGGCCCUCCCAGGAGAGUUUCAAAGGUUCUGUGGACAACACCCAAUCCAACCAAAGUACUCUAGAAAAUAAUAUCCAGAGCACACAGGCAAGCAGAUCCAAAGAGAUCAAUGCUGACAGGUUUCAGAACAGGGGUAGACACAGCCAUUCACAGCUGCCCAUGGGCUGGCGGCUGCUGCAUGGAGCCAAGAAGAUCAGCCGUCAACUGAGUCUGGCACUAAGCCUGGUUGGCAUGAUGAUCAUCGGUCUCAUCUCUCUGGGCCAGCCCUGGAUCCACUUCCAGGUGCCACUCAGACCUCCUGAGCACCCUGAUGGCUUCUUGACCAUCCCCAUCAACACUGUCCUCUUUGUGCAGUGCCCGGACAUCUCCUGCCUACAUGAGUACGACCAGAAUGCUUAUUUGCUGGACUUUGCCUGGGCCUCUCUCCUCCUCGCCAGCAUCGCCAGCUUCUGCCUCUGCAUUUUACUCAUAAACAUCAUCUUCUUCACCAGCUCCAACUUGCCCGUGCUGGACUUCUCCAACGUCAUCAUCAGCCUCCUGGCAGGGACCAGCAUCAUCUUGGGUGUCCUGUUCUACCUGCUGCAGGCCAGGGAGUACUUGCAGGAAGGCAUGACUUACAAGCUGGGGCUCAGCUUCUACCUGGCAUGGAUCGGCGUCUUUGUCUUCCUGAUGACUGGCUUCUUUUCCUAUCUCAACUACAUGAAUUUCUGGUCCAUCCUGGCGCUCCAGGCCAUCUGGACUUAG